CUAAUUGCAAAUUGCUACUUGCAUUGCAGAUAUGAGAGUGGUGAUAGAUUAAGUCCUGAGCAUGAGCAUACUAUCCUAGAGAGGUUGCUUCCAUAUCAUCCAGAGUGUGAAAAGAAGAUUGGAUGUGGAGUUGAUUACAUCACGAUCGGAUAUCAUCCUAACUUUGAAAGCUCGCGAUGUUUAUUCAUAGCCCGGGAAGAUGGGGAGCUGGUUGACUUUUCAUAUUGGAAAUGCAUAAAGGGUUUGAUCAGGAAAAAUUAUCCACUUUAUGCAGACAGCUUUAUUGUCAGGCAUUUCCGACGGCGGCCAAGUAGAGACUCAAGGGAGAUGGGAGGAAGGUAGAUGGUGACGACUAGCUUACGUGAUAGUGCGUCAUCAUCGUUAGAAGAAGAAGCGUGAUCGUGUGAAAUAGAUGAUGCUUUUUCUACUACGUGUCCAAACAAACUGCAAAGUGCUAAAAGUAGUUGGUGUCAGUUGGCCGGUUCUUUAAUGUGUGCUCCCCGCAUUAUUUUUGCUUUUGGGAUCUCAUAUCGGUGCCCUUUGGGAUCUCAUAUCGGUGCCCAACAGUCCCCCCCCCCGGAAAAAAAAAAAAAACAGCCUCAUCAUGCCACUAAAUAAAUUGAGAUUUCUUUUCUUUUAUAAUUAAAACACUAACUUUCCUAUUAUUUGAGAGUGCAUUUGAUAAGUUUAAGAGAUGUAGAUUAGGUGUUUCUACGAAACAUCAAUGAGAUCAUACAUCUAGGGAAGAUUGAUUUUUGACGACUAGCGUGAGUGCAUAUUUAUCAAAUUACAAGGACAGGGUUAGAAGCAAAGAAAUAAUGCAUAUACUAUAGAGAUAAUACAUUUAAUAAAACAGAGGUGUCAAGGGGUGAAAUAUACAUUUAAUAUGGUUCCUUAAAUAAUGGAGAAAUUGGAAUUGAUCAAAAACCUAACAGAUGCUGCUUUCUUUCUCUAGUUUGGAGCAACAUGGCUGCCAUUCAAAAAAAAAAAAAAAAAAAACCCU